AUGACAGUCGACGCCAAAAUCAAGACCCGAGUACUCAUUAUAUCCGAUACCCACGGCCAAGUGCCGUAUACUAGAGCCGAUGGCAGCCCGGACACUGAAGAUGAGCUCGGAAGCGACGAGCUAGAUCGUGUCCCAACAGGCUUUCGCGACCCGCUACCCAAGGCAGAUGUGGUCCUGCAUUGCGGCGAUCUCACCAUGAACAGCGCGCCGGAGGAGUACCGAAAGACCUUCUCCAUGUUGCGGAAGUUACAGGCUCCCAUAAAGCUGGUCAUUGCCGGGAACCACGAUAGGGCUUUGGAUUGGUCUUUCUGGGAGCAGCAACGGCUGUUUCGUCCCGAGCGCUUGCCAUGGGCCGACGAGGCCAAGAGCAUCAUUGAGGAAGCGAGGGCAGACGGCGUUAUUUACCUGGACGAGGGUGUCCACACUUUUGAUCUGGAGAAUGGCGCCAGGCUCAGAGUCUACGCCAGUCCUUGGACUCCCCAGUAUGGAAGCUGGGGAUUUCAAUAUCAGAAUGGUCAUGAUUUUGACAUCCCUUCAGAUGUCGAUGUUGCGAUGACCCACGGCCCGCCAUACCAGAUUCUGGACCUUGCUGGGUUCGACUUGACGAACGCAGGCUGCCCGGAUCUGCUAAACUCAAUCUACAAGGCGAAACCCCAGAUCCACUGCUUCGGACAUAUUCAUGAGGCAUGGGGAGGAUAUCUGGCAAAGUGGAAAGAGCAAGAUGGGCCAGAUGCGAUUCCGAAACAUAUCAUCGAUGAUGAGAGCUCGGUCCUCAUCAAAAAGCGCAAGGACCUUUCGCUGCCGUUCAGAAUAUCAAGAAUUGAGGAUUUUGGGGCAAAUUUGGAGAAGCGAAAAGCUCUUGUGGAAAUCAGUCGGCGUCGAGGUGUGCAUGUUGACCUCACAGAGGGAGAGACUCGCCUUCAGCAGGGAGAGGGGACGCUGUUCCUGAAUGCUGCCAUCAUGAGCAUCCGGUACCGGCCCAUCAAUCCGCCUUGGCUGGUCGAUUUGAACCUCCCUGCCACAGAACAAACGUGA